GUUUGUCACACACGGAAAAACGAGCUCGCAGAGGAAAAAUCAUUGCUAGCGCCUGAUUAGGGCGUCGAUUGGUGCCAAAAGUAUUCGGAAAUUGUGCUCCCCGAUCCGUGACAUCCGGUAUCGUUCGAGUUCGGUCGAUUCGGUCGCGACAAGAGGCCUUUUAGCGCCAGGAAAAUGUGACCCGUGCCUGAUAAGUGCCAAUUCUCAAAGGGUAGUUUUUCCAAGGGGUGGAAUGCAAAAACUACCCCCACUACCACCACCAUCACCUAACUUCGAGUUUUCAUUCCUGCCUGAUGAUGAUGGGAAGGAUGUCACCAUACCACGGUGAGUGAGUAGACAACGAGGACGACCGAUUGUCUCUGUUUGGUUCCAUUCCAGCACUCUUCUGCUGUGUGCUCGCUCUGUGUAGCAAUAAAUAUCCUGCCUGAAGGAGAGGUGGAGCGAAAGUGGGGUCGAUUGGUUGCAUACCCAUCGGGCGCUUUCUAACCUAGAAGAAAAAAAUGUGUAAGCAAUGUUACUAGCGAAUUAAUGUUUCCAACCCAGUAACCUAGAGAGGAAAAGAUAAAAGUGCUUCAGAUUCGAGCCUUUAAAAAAAACGAAAGAAAACAGAAGAAAGGAGUUCAAGUGCGUGUUCAAGGAUUCGUUCGCAAAAUUUGCCCUAUUUAGCUUAUCCGUAAUCCAGUUUGUUCGUUCCUGUUCGGGUUCGCGUGUGUUGUGGAUUGAAAAUGUUUCCUAUCGUCAUCAAGGUUCAAUUGAACUUUUGCUGAAAACAUCCAGUAUCCAGUAAAUAAGCUGCAUUUGAGGAGGAAGCACGAUGUAAGCUGGAAGCGAGAAACUCCUACCGGAUUUAUCGAUACUAUACACUACAACGAGGACUAGUGGAAAGACACUAGCAAAAUACUACAACAGAAUUUACUCGCAAAAGUAAAAAAACGACAAAACUAGUCAAACAUGAUGAUGAUGGAACAGGAAAUCGGAAGCUGGGACUCGGUUUUGCUGGAAAACCUUUCCGAGGACAGUUUCAUUACCAAUCUUCAUCAGCGCUACAAACGGGAUUUGAUUUAUACCUACAUUGGCACAUUUCUGGUGGCUCUCAAUCCGUACAAACCGUUGGCAAUCUAUACGCCGGAUCUGGUGCGGAAGUAUGCCAACAAGAGCCUUUUCCAGCUACCACCGCACAUCUUUGCACUGGCCAACUCGGCCCACCAGUUCCUGCUCAACUACAACGAGGACCAGUGUAUUGUGAUGUUCGGUGAAAGUGGGGCCGGAAAAACCGAAUCCGCCCGGAUGAUUGUCCACUUCCUGACGCAGCUGUCGGAGAUGCGCCGCAGCCGGACCCCCAUGUUUGCUUUGAAAGGAUCCAACCCGAGCUCCCGGCAAACGACACCGAAGCACUGUACCAUAACCCGAGUGGGAUCAUCGUUCGAGAGCGGUUCCGGUACAGGGGGGGCUGGUCGGCUGGACAGCAUCAUGAAGUACAACACAUCGAGGAAAUGUUCGCACGAAAAAACGGUCGAGUUCGAUCUGAUUGCACAUCACAAGAGUACCGAGAAUUUGGCAGCCAUGGCCAUGGGUAGUGGUCCCGGCAGUGGGAGCUUCUCGACCGGAAGCACACCGAAAUGUCUGAAACACUCGAACCAAUCGAUCAGCCGAUCAACGGAAGGAAGUGAUUUUCCCACCAAGUCCACUCUAAAGUCAGCCUUUGCUUCCCCCGCCAGUUGUCCCAGGCACAAUUGUACUAGCGCCGGAAGUAGCCACAUGGAUCUGCAUCGAAUGUGCGGUGGUGGUUCGUUCAAUUCUCCGUCCUUGCAGAAGCGAUGCAAUUUGGGUAGAUGCUGCCAUCAGAGCAGUACCCGAUCUAUCCACAAGUCUUCCUCGUCGAUUGCGCUGACCUAUGACCACAGUAAUAAUAUGUCGCCUUCGGUGCACCGGAGACAGAUUCUGAAAUCGAUCACCAAGGAGGUGUACCUGCGAGAUCUGGAACUGUACCGAAUGCGGGACCGGGUGGCACACGCUGAAGUGUUCCUGGAGGCCAUGGGCAAUGCUUCGACCAUCAAAAACAGCAAUUCGAGCAGAUUUGGAAAAUUUUUCGAUAUAGAAUUUGACUACAAGGGAGAUCCGGCCGGAGGACAUCUCACUUUGUAUAUGUUGGAAAAGUCACGUGUCACAUCGCGCAGUCCCGGAGAACGAAAUUUCCAUAUAUUUUACCAGCUACUGUCGGGCGCUGACAUCCACUUGCUCAAAUCACUGAGAUUGCAGCGCAACAUCGAUAAGUACGACUUGCUCAAAUACAGUUUCACGAACGAGGACGAUCGAACCAAUUUUGGCUUUACGAAGCGAUCCCUGGAGGUGAUUGGAUUUAGCCAGGAGGAGAUAUUCUCCAUCUUCACCAUCCUGGCGGUCGUCCUGAAGUUGGGUAAUCUUGUGUUCAUAUCCACGACGAACAUCGACGGUUGUGAAGGUUGUGAAAUUUCCAACGAAUACGAGCUGGAAGAAAUCGCUCAACUGCUGCAAGUGGACAGCCACCUGUUGUUCUACUGCCUGACGCGCAUCGGCGAAAACUGGGACCACAUCGAAACGGAUGGGUCCGAGAUCGAUGCCAUGUACGCGUCCAAAAUCAAAGCCACCCUGUGCCGGACGCUGUACGGGCGCCUUUUUGCGCUGAUAGCGGCCCGCAUCAACGAGCAGCUCAAACUCAAACAGUACGGUAUGGUGGCCAGUAGUACGGUACGGGGUCGCACCAUCGGGCUGCUCGAUUUCUACGGCUUCGAGGUGCUGGAGAAGAACUCGUUCGAACAGCUCGCCAUCAACUAUUGCAACGAACGAUUGCAACAGCAUUACGUAAAAAAUGUGCUCAAAUAUCAGCAAGACUUGUAUAUGGCCGAGGGUCUUGACUGGAUCAAGAUUGACUACUUUGACAAUCAGCCGAUCUGUGAACUCAUCGAUAAACCGUGCUAUGGAGUGCUACAUCUGCUAGAUGAGCCACAGGUUAUCAACGAUGGCAUCCUGCUAACUCGGCUACACCAAUGCUGCACCGGGCAUACAAAUUUCCUCUCCAGAGAUCCAAGUUUGCCUUCGAAUGCUUUUCAAAUUCGUCACUUUGAAGGACCAGUGCUGUACUCGAGCCUCGGUUUCACGGAGAAAAACCUCGACCUAUUGCCGAAGCAUGUCAGUGCCUGUCUGUACCAGAACUGUGAGCUGCCAAUAGUGGCCAGCCUGUUUCCGGAGGGAAAUCCGAAGCGGCACAGUGUCGGUCGCAAGCCCACCAGUCUCAGCACAACGCUUCGUACCUCGCUGCAAACGCUGCUGAAGCAGGUCGAACAGCGCUACAACCACUACAUCUUCUGCAUCAAACCGAACGAGCUGAAGCAGCCCAAAAUGUUCGAACUGGGUUUGGUGCAGCAUCAAGUUCGUUACAUGUGCCUAAUGCCACUGAUAAACCUCUGGCGAAACGGUCAUUACUUCAAUAUGGUGCAUUCGCGCUUCGUUCAACGCUAUAAACUGCUGUGUCAGUACACGUGGCCCCACUUCAGCGGGAGCAUGAUCGAUGGGGUGGCCCUGAUUGUACGAAGCGUUCCUUUACCGGCGGCAGAGUUCACCAUCGGUCGCAAGAAGGUGUUCAUCCGGAGUCCACGAACCGUGUACGAGCUGGACGAGUUCCGGAAGGUGCGACUAAACGAGCUGGCCGUGUUGAUCCAGAAAACGUAUCGGUGCUACACCAAACGGAAACGCUUUGUGACACUUCGACGCAGCCAGCUUGUAAUCGCCGGGUUCUGGAGGACGUGGCGGGAGCGGGAAAAUAUCCGGAUAGCUGAGUUCAAAAAACAGGCUAGAUGGGCCGUGCAAGUGAUUGCUCGAUUUUUUGUGCUGAUUAAGACUCGGGAGUUCCUGCUGACGUUGCUGCUUCGACUGCCCCAUGACAACAUGAGUCCCAUCUGCCAUGAUUGGCCUCCGGCACCGUCCUUCCUGGCCGAAACUUCCCAGCUGCUGCGGAACAUUUUCCAUCGAUGGCGAUGCUACAAGUACCGGAAGUCGUUCGAUCAGCCGGCCCGGAAUCGGAUGCGCGAGAAGGUCACGGCCAGCAUCAUCUUCAAGGAUCGCAAAAUUUCCUACCCACGAACGGUGGCCCACCCUUUCCACGGUGACUACAUCCGGCUGCGGCAGAACGUCCAGUGGAAGCGAGUUAGCUGCGAGCACAACGAUCAGUACGUGGUGUUUGCCGACAUGAUUAACAAGAUCACACGAUCCAGUGGAAAGUUCAUUCCCAUCCUGCUGGUGGUGUCCACAAACUCGAUGCUUCUGUUGGAUCAAAAAACGAUGCAGAUCAAGUAUCGGAUACCGGCCUCGGAGAUCUACCGGAUGUCUCUGAGUCCGUACUUCGACGACAUCGCGGUCAUCCACAUAAGAGCUGAUAACUAUAGUUCCAACAUGUCGGACCGCUCGGAGUCACCAACGGGGUGUCUAUUUCAGUCGGAGAUCGGCAAAAAGAAGGGCGACUUUGUGUUUCAAUCCGCUCACUCGAUCGAGAUCGUCACCAAGCUGUUCCUGGUCAUCCAGAAUGCCACCGCCAAAUCACCGGAAAUCGUCAUAAGUACCGAAUUCGAGGCCAACUUCGCCCAGCAGACGGUAGUGUUUACGUUCAAAUGUGGCGGCAUGCUGGACAGUCCCUACAGCAGCCAAACGCGGGUCCAGCGCAAGGGCAACCGGAUGGAGGUGAUCGUGUAACAAAGGGCCUCACCGGAGCGUGUUGGCUGCGGGACAAUCACCACGUGUCAACCACCACCGAAAGCGGACGGCCAUCAUCAUCUAGCGGCCAUGGGGCUGUUCGACUACGACGACGAGGACGGAAUGGAGUUUGGCGUGCGCGGUUUGGAGUUCGAUUGAUGAUCGUAAGGACACUCCCUUCAUUGUAACUCACACAAAUAUGUAUAGGCUCAUUAGAAAAGCAAUAAGCAAUUUGGCCGCAAAGAACUCGCUGCCACCACGUGGUCACCAUCAGUGGAAAAUUUGGCCCAACAAACAACACAACCGCAAAAUAUGAUAGAACGUUGGGAAGGAGCAAAAGUUCCUACGGACGGGAACAUGGCAUAAUGUAGUAAGAAAAUAAAACUUAAAAAAACCAAAAACAAAAACAGCGGACGAUUCGGGUGUAACUUUGUCUACAACUUACAGGUGAAUGACAUAAAUCAAUUAAGGCAAACUACUAGCAAUUAAAAGAGGGAAAGAAAAAAAACUUUAGGAACAUUACACAAAUUGAACACAUACACUCACACAAACACACACACACAAACACAAAUCAUAGAAGAAUAAUUCUAAAAACCAGUACCAUAUAGACGACAAACAACAACAGAAAAAUAGCAAUUGUAGCAUUACCUAGUACCAAUGAUGGAUAAAUGAAAAGGGAGAAUGAUAUCGAUUUAACCAACACUUUUUGCGAUUGAAACGAAAACUUUUUUCUUACUUUUCUUACUCGGUUGGUUGAACGAUGUUUUUAAUAUUAAUUCUAGGGUAAAAAUUCUCGGCUACAUCUAUUUCUCUAGUGGCAUGUACUGAAUAUGUAGUCGACGAAUCGCCAAAGAAGCACUAUCUGGAGAUUAACCGGUUAUGUCGGUAAGAACAUUCAAAGGUUUCUGUCCUUUUUUUGAAAAAUUUGCGACAUCGGACGCUUUCUCAACGUACCCAAAUAACAUUUUACAAAGCCAAUCGGUGAACAUGUUCAAUGUGUUGUUAGAAUGAUUCCCAGUUGUUAAAUUUCGGAAGAUCGAGGAUAAUCUGUUUUUUUCUUCUCUGAUUUAAGGAAUUUUAUUGUUUUUUCUUUUGAUACCAUAAAUAUAAAUUGAUUUGCAAUUUUAUUAAAAAAUAAAUAAAAUAAAGAAAUUCUAAGUUAGCCAGUUGACUGUAAAAAUUCAAAGAAGAAGAAUUACUAUUGAAAUUGGAUUUUAUGGAGAUAAACUACUUAGAGCAAGUUCACUGGUGUUGGGAAAAAGUGGUAGAAAUUUUGACAUUUUGAAAAUUUUAUUAUGCAAAAAUGUUUUCAAGAUCUUGGGGCGUUGUAUUUUUCUACAACACUGUAUCUAUUUCAGCCGUAUGUGAUAGAAAUAUUGCUAUUUUUGCUUCACAGCAUGCGAAAAUACAACACGUGUUGUAAAAAAACUAGAAGGCCACAGGUCUUGAAAAUGUUUUUGCAUGGUAAAAUUUUCAAAAUGUGCCGUAAGUGUCAAAAUUUUUACCACUUUUUCCCAACACUAGUGAACUUGCUCUUUAAAAAACGAAGGAUAAAUCUUACAUCAGAAAAGUUGAUGAAGUGACAGUUUUUAAAUGAAAUAAAAAACAACCAAGCAACCAUACUGUGUAUAGUUCUAAUCGGAUUGAUUCUGGCCAAAUUAUGAACAAAAAAAUAGGCAAUGUUAAACUAUAACAACGGCAAAAAUAGAUAAAUAUUAAAAGUAUUAGGUUUGAAAUCGACAGUUUAAAAAAUAAAUAGAAUGUAUGAAAAUAAUUGAAAAAAUCGUAAUACCUAUUCCAGAACAUCCGCAGCUUGCAAAAUGUAAGUGUUUGUGUUUAAACUUAUCUGUUAGGUCGGAACAAAUACCAAAUUAUUCUUUUGUCAAACCCGCCCUUUCGCCUUCAAAAUUUUCGAAAAAGUCGAGUUUUUUCGAGUUUUAAGAAUUCCAUGGAGUAUUUGAUAAAUUAAUAGAAUAUUCAAACAAUUUCAAAGGUAAAAAAGCAAACUGUAGCAGCUGGAAUUGUUUUUUUGAGCGUUUUUCGUAUUCUUAUUUUAUUCAAGUGUUUGAUGUGAAAUAGCUCGAAUUUUUUAUUCUGUUCAAUUAAGAUUGUAUGCAGUUUUGUUGCAUUCAAAGUUUUGUUAAAUUUGUUCCAAUUGUUUUUUAUCCCUUCCUCCACUCAUCGAAAUAUCUCAACUCCAAGUGACAAGUAAAGGAUUUCAAAAUUGUUGCUUUAUUGCCCACUUUUCAGGGAUUCACACAGGCAAGCACACACAUACGCUUACAUUUUCGCCCUCUGAAAAUAUACGAAGAAUCAAGCUGACAAACGAUGCGGGCCGCCUCCCAAUAAUCGCAGUUGUGAAAAACUGAUAAAAAAAAAUAACUCAAUGACGCUUAUUACUAUGACAGAUAUAACUAGAUUCCAUAUUAAACUAUAAACAAACAAAGGAGAUAAAAAUUGUCAUCCGAAAAAGGAAAAACCUUAAUCACGUCCCCCAGCGAUAAAUAUACGAUUUCGGGGCGAAGAAAAGUAAUGACAAAUUAAUACCCAAUAGAGAAAAAAGUUGAUAUUAAACAGCAGCAGUCGAAUAAAAUGGAACUACACAGCCAUACAAGUAUAAGUAAUAAAAAAUAAUCAAAUAUUUGACUCGAUGAGUUUGAUCUGUUAGUUUAUUCCUUUUUUUCUAGCAAAUUUCAUCAAUCUGACAAAAGAAGAUGAUACAAAAAAAAAUCAUUGGAACUAAAAACGUGUCAAGUUUAGAUGUUGUACAAAGUUUUAAUCAAAAUUCGAAAUCUUUAAUACAUAUUUCGUCUUGUAACAGGCAAUGUACCAUCGCACCAUAAAUGAUGAAAAAAUGUGCCAAAUAGCUACCUAAUUGUGAAUUGUACGAUUGGUAUCGGUAUUUUUGCGUGCCAAAUUUUCUAUAAGAUGGUAUGGAUUUUUUUCCUAUUACUAACAUGUAUACAGGUAGAAGAACGUUAAACAAAGUAAACGGAAACUGGCUUUAGGUUGAACAAAAUCGAGAUCUUCACUUGGCGCCAAUCGAGCGAGAGAUGUUAUUUUUAAACGAUUUAAACUUUUUUCUAUACGAUCAAACUUUUUUAAAAUUAACAAAACGAAUUCAAACUCAAUAAAACGAAAAUCAUCAAAAGAGAAAAAAAAACUUAAUCUUUGACGCGAUUGUAUGAGAGUCAUAUUAGCCCAAAUAUAGUCCUUACUCUAUUAAAACAAGAAAACCCAGAUAAGUAGAACAAUUUAGAGCAUAACUAAAAAAAAAUAUAAAAAAACCAACAAAUAUGAAUCAGAAGUAGAGUACCUAACACAACAGACACAGUAACAAAAGAAAAAGAAAAUAACAAAUAAACAAUUAACAAACCCCGCAAGGUGUUAGCACAGAUGAACAAAGAAAAAAAAAACAAUGUUACAGUUAACAGUUAAACAGCGCGCGAAUGUGGAUCAACAAACACCUAUAUGUAUUAGCCAACAGCAAUGAAAGAAAUUUGUGCCAUAACUACCCAUAAGAAUAGGAAACCACUCUAGUUUGCGAAAUCGAUUCGAGAUUUUAUCAUCAUCCUUUUACUUUGUCCGGAAACGUCAAUAUAACAUUUUUUUUUGGAGAUUUAACCAAAGUUUUGGCAUUUGUGUCCGAGAAAUUCUUAAACUGACACAACUUAACAUUUGUUUGACUUUUGGUAAAAAUAUAAAGAGAUUGUUGAAAGUUAGGUGAAUCGUUCAAAAAAUGAGACUCAACGGGUGCAAACUUUGAAAGCCUUCCAAGAAUAAUUCAACUUUUGGAUGAAGGUUACACUAAUUUUAAAAGAGUAACCUCAUAAACCAUCAUUAUCAGGUUGGCUGUAGACCGAAACCAAUAGAGAAAACCUCAAUGCCAAAAGAAAACCUUCGUACUGUGCCAGAAAAUGUUUAAAUAAAAACGGAAAACCAAUUUUACAAUAUGGAAAAUAUUAUUUCGUUUCGAAUAAGUCAAAAGGUUCCAAGGUAAAUGAAUUGAAUGCGAAUUUCUAGCAAGCGCGCGAUGAGUUGGUAUCUAGUUAAAAUAUGAUUGAAGCAAGAGAUUUUAUUGCGAAAAGAAAACCCAUCCCUUCACGCAAGCAAAUAAUAAUUUUCGAUUAUAUGAAUACAUAUCUCAUUCAGUGAAACGAAGAAAAAAACAGAAACAAAACUAAUAAAAAGCGAUUACUAGAAUAAAA